CCUCUGGAGUAGUUCAGACCAUAGACUAGUUCAGGCUGCUCGCCGCAUACCGAGCGGACAGGAUGGAGGAUUCACUUUCUCCGGUUUACAUCCAUAGCACCGACUAUGUGGAGCUGUGCGAUACCGUGCUGAGCAAAGUGCCCAGGAGGGCCAGCAUGGUACACUCAUUAAUAGAAGCAUAUGGACUGCUCAAAUAUAUGAGGGUAGUAAAGCCUAAAGUUGCCACAAUGGAAGAGAUGGCAGCAUUUCACACUGACUCAUACUUGCAACAUCUUCGCAAGGUGAGCGAAGAGGGCGACAACGAUGAGCCAGAGACCCUUGAAUAUGGAUUGGGUUACGAUUGUCCCAUCACUGAAGGCAUAUAUGACUAUGCUGCUGCUGUUGGAGGAGCCACAAUAACCGCUGCUGAACAGCUUAACGAAGGAAAAACCCGCAUUGCAUUCAACUGGCCUGGGGGCUGGCAUCAUGCUAAGAAAGAUGAAGCAUCUGGAUUUUGUUACCUUAAUGAUGCUGUCCUGGGGAUCUUAAAACUGAGGCAGAAAUUUGACAGAGUCUUGUACAUAGAUAUGGAUUUACAUCAUGGAGAUGGUGUCGAAGAUGCAUUUAGUUUCACUUCUAAAGUGAUGACAGUUUCUCUACACAAAUUUUCUCCAGGUUUCUUUCCUGGGACGGGAGAUUUAUGUGAUAUUGGUUUAGGCAAAGGGCGCUACUACAGUGUUAACGUUCCCUUACAAGAUGGCAUCAAAGAUGAUCAAUAUUACCAGGUGUGUGAGAGUGUCCUGAAAGAGGUUUUUACAGCCUUUAACCCUGAGGCAGUGGUUCUGCAGCUUGGUGCCGACACAAUUGCUGGGGACCCCAUGUGUUCUUUUAAUAUGACCCCUGAGGGCAUUGGCAAGUGUCUGAAAUAUGUUCUCCAAUGGCAAAUUCCUACCCUCAUCCUGGGAGGAGGGGGUUACAAUCUGCCAAACACUGCUAGGUGCUGGACCUAUUUGACAGCGCUUGUCCUUGGCAGGACAUUGUCUUCUGAAAUCCCAGAUCACGAGUUUUUUACAGAGUAUGGUCCAGAUUAUGUCCUGGAAAUUACUCCAAGCUGUAGGCCUGACAGAAAUGAUACACAGAAGGUGCAGGAGAUUAUAGGGUCAAUCAAAGGCAAUUUAAAGCGUGUCGUUUAAAGUCUUCAAAAGGUGCUGUUUACUCUCCCCAUGUCUGAUGGUUCAGCACCCUGUAUAUAAAGACUGUGCUCAUUGCUCAUGAUCUGAGUAUAUACUUUUUUAUUGCUGCACUAUGGCAAUGGUGUCUAACCCUACUGCAAAACAUUUGUUCUCUGGACCAAAAAUAUAUAUUUUUUUAAAUUUGUGCUUUUAUGGAUUGUUUUUAACUGGAUAUUAAAUAUUGUUUACAACA